GCUUGCGCGUUCUGCAGGAAACCCUCUUGAUAAACGCCAUAAUGGACCACUUUCCAACCAAUUGGGGUCGUCCUCGUAACGAUGCAUUCGACGCCUAUGGCACCUACCCCAUAGCACAACGUCCCUACAACGGUCUCAAGGACGCAUUUGCUGAAGGAGUUCAACAUACGCAGCAGCCUAUAGUGACUGGCACAAGCGUGCUCGCGAUAAAGUACAAGGAUGGAGUGAUGAUGGCAGCAGACAAUCUUGCAUCAUACGGCUCCCUUGCACGAUUCAAGGACGUACAACGUCUACAUCCAGUUGGAACAAACACCGUCGUUGGAGCUGGAGGCGACAUGUCCGAUUUCCAGUACAUUCAAUCUCUACUAGAUGGCUUAAUGAUCGAAGAAUUUACUGAGCAAGAUGGCCAUUCCUUGGGGCCAGCUGAGAUACACGAGUAUCUUUCACAGGUCAUGUACGGACGUCGAUCUCAGAUCAAUCCAUUAUGGAACGCGUUAUUGGUUGGUGGAUUCAAAGAGGGAAAGAGGUUCCUUGCUUAUGUUGAUUUACUGGGAACAACAUAUUCCGCCUCUACCCUCGCUACUGGUUACGGUGCCUAUAUCGCCCAACCUCUACUCCGUAAGGCAGUCGAAGGGAACGAAGACAAGCUCACAGAAGAGGAAGCAAUGCAGAUCCUUGAGGCGAACUUGAAAGUGCUGUAUUACCGCGAUGCAAGAAGCUUGAAUAAAUUUCAAAUAGCCAAAAUCACUGCUGCUGGCGUCUCCAUCACGGAAUCGAAAAGUAUGGACACGACCUGGUCUUUCGCAGAGGGCAUCAGAGGAUAUGGCUCGCAGACACAAUGAAAUAUGUAAUGUGACCGUUGUAAUAACGAUUUUAGUCUGAAUGGACAUGAACAGUAGAGCCAUCUGCAAAG